CACAUAAUCCAAACCCUCUUCUUUCGUAUCAACGUAGUUGUCGCUCACGUGGCAGAAGAAGCUUAUCAAUGGCAGAGAAGAGCAAGGUUCUGAUCAUCGGAGGAACCGGAUACAUCGGAAAGUUCAUCGUCGAAGCCAGUGCAAAAGAGGGUCACCCCACUUUUGCCCUAGUAAGAGAGAGCACCAUCUCCGACCCUGUUAAGGGUAAAAUCAUCGACAACUUCAAGAACUUAGGGGUCCAAAUCUUGAUCGGGGAUCUUUACAAUCAUGACAGUUUGGUUAAGGCAAUCAAGCAAGUCGAUGUGGUGAUUUCAACCGUGGGUCAAAUGCAGAUUGCAGAUCAAGUUAAGAUCAUUGCUGCCAUUAAAGAAGCUGGGAAUGUCAAGAGAUUUUUGCCAUCGGAAUUUGGAACGGACGUUGACCUUAAUAACGCCAUUGAGCCUGCGAAAUCAGCAUUCGGAAUCAAGGCUCAAAUCCGACGUGCUAUCGAGGCUGAAGGGAUCCCUUACACUUAUGUGCCUGCUAACUGCUUUGCAGGCUAUUUUCUUCCUACUUUGUCACAGCCAGGAGCCACCUCUCCUCCAAGAGACAAGGUCGUUAUCCAAGGCGAUGGAAAUGCUAAAGCUGUUUUCAACGACGAAUCCGAUAUCGGAACCUACACUAUCAAAACCGUUGACGAUUCAAGAGCGGUGAACAAGACCCUCUUCAUCAGGCCUCCCAAGAACACCUACUCGUUCAAUGAACUCGUCGCCCUGUGGGAGAAAUUGAUUGGCACGACCCUUGAGAAAACAUACGUUCCAGAGGAACAACUUCUCAAACAGAUCCGAGAGUCUCCGAUUCCAAUCAAUAUUUUCUUGGCCAUCAGUCACUCGAUCUUUAUCAAUGGUGAUGGAGCCAACUUUGAGAUCGAACCAUCAAUAGGAUUCGAAGCUUCUGAGCUAUACCCUGAAGUGAAAUACACCACUGUGGAAGAAAUCCUCAGUCGUUUUGUUUGACAAAACCUGGAAUUCUAACCCAAUAUUUGUUAUUGGACUAAUAAUUCAGAAACUGCGGAUUUCUCUGUUGGUGUGUUCAUAAGUUUAUCAUUACUAUUAUUCACCAUAAUGCUAAUGCGAACCAUGUUGUUGUUGUGUUGUACUCGUAUUUCGUAUCAAUGAAUAUCACAGGUAGCUUUUCUUUUAAAAA